AUGCUGGCUGUAGGAGGGGGCGGGCACCGCUCCUUUGCCGGCGGAGGAGCAGACAUCACUCAGGUCUACGAGAGAAACCAAGAUGCGACGUUGUACAUUGGCAACCUCGACUCCCAAGUCGACGACGACCUCCUUUGGGAACUUUUCGUCCAGUGCGGCCCCGUUCGUACGGUGUCGGUUCCCCGAGAUAAGCUGACGGGAAAUCACCAAGGUUACGGUUUCGUAGAAUUCACAAACGAGGUCGAUGCCGAUUACGCGCUGAAACUGAUGAACAUGGUUAAGCUGUAUGGCAAGUCCCUCCGCCUUAACAAGUCUGCCCAAGACCGGAGAAACUUCGAUGUUGGCGCGAACAUCUUCCUGGGAAACCUUGACCCGGACGUGGACGAGAAGACGAUCUACGACACUUUCUCCACUUUCGGCAACAUCCUUACCGCGAAGAUUAUGAGAGACCCGGAGACCGGCAUCUCCCGAGGCUUCGGUUUUGUCUCCUUCGACACCUUCGAGGCGUCCGACGCAGCAUUGGCAGCCAUGAACGGCCAGUUCAUCUGCAACCGUCCUAUCCAUGUCUCUUACGCGUACAAAAAAGAUACACGCGGCGAACGCCACGGCUCGGCAGCUGAGCGCCUGCUGGCGGCGAAUCGGCCGCAAAUCAUCAACCCCAAUGCCCCUGCGACAGGCGGGGUGAAGCCUCCGAUGAGUCUUGCGAUGCAGGCCGGUGCCCAGGGUCAACCAGGUGGCCCCAUGGCUGGAGGAGGCGGUCUCCCGACGAUUCCACCGCCGCCUAUGCUCGGAGGCAUGCCGCCUCGAGGGCUCCCCGGCGGCUCUCAAGGCUUCCCGCAGCCCUUCGGCCCUCACGGCGGAUCGGGCCCCGGCGGCGUUCCGGGCGCUGGAGGGGCUCCUGGAGGGACACCAGGAGGCAUGCCGGGAGGUUCUGGGGGCCGAAUGGGCGACUUGCCUCCUCUUCCUCUCCCUCCGAACAUGGCUGGGGGGAUGCCGAAUCUGCCUAUGGGCCUUCCUCCGCCGCCGCUGCUCUUCAUGCCAAGGCCCGGUAUGCCGCCGUUCCCGCCUUUGCCAAACAUGCCGCCGGUGGGCCCGGGUUCGGGAAUGGGUCCGCCGGGGUCGUCCCCGCAAGGCCCGCCAGGUCCGGGGGGGCCUUCUCCUGGCGGCCAAGGCAUGCCUCCGCGCAACGCAGGCAUGCCGUCUGUCACGCCCUUGCGCCCGCCUCUUGGGGGCGCUAUGGGUCCGCCGGGGCCUGAGUCUCCUUCAGGGCCGGGCUCCUUUUCGGGGGCUCCAGGCGGAGCAGGCGGCCCGGGAGCACAGCGGCCUUCGCCCGGCGGCGGGCUGCCGCCGCCGGGUGUCUCGCCAGUGCGUCCCGACCUUCUCCCUCCGCCGCCGCCUCUCAUUCUCUCCGCUGGAGGCCCAGGGAGCGGGGCACAUGCAGGCCGCGGGCCUGGAGUCUUUAGUCCCUCCCCGAAUAUGCGGCCACCCAUGGGGCCUCACGGCGGCACGCUCUUGGGCUCGGCUCCCGCCUCCUCCCCGACCAUGGGACCGCCAAUGGCAGGCCUGAUGGGCCGAGGACCGCCGGCGCCCGGCGGGCCCCCGCUGAUCCCGCAAGGCGCACAGCAACCUCAUCGCCCCCCUAUGAUGGGAUAG